AUGUAAGAAUAAAAUUAGCUCCACUUGUCGGCUUGGAAACUUUAAUAAAAUAGAUUACUACGAAUAGAAGUGAUUUCUUUACAAGAACUGCCAUAUCCUUCAACAGCGAUAUAUUAAUUCAAAAAGAGUCAUCGUUCAAACUAAUAGAAUGUAAGACAUUAAAAGUAAAGUCAUAAUGUUUCAUUUUCAACACGCCUUUAUACUUAGCCUUUUGGAUUAAAUGUUUUAAUGAAGAAUACAGACAUAUUUGACGUUAAAGCGACUGCGGGCGCCCGCAGGGCCGCACAAUAUAACCGCGAUUCAGGAAAUUAAAAAUUAUAUCCUGUCUAUUAAUAGAAAAUCUCGUCUGUCUCGCGAUCCGACCCUAUAGGAUGAGGAGUUAUUUUCAAACCUCAUCUCGCGAGUCGCUACAGUUCAGUUCAGUGCUUUCCAAGUUUCGUCGAGUAAGUGCGCGGUUACCGAUUUUAGUGAUCAAACAAAAGAUGCAAUAAAUAUAAAUGACACUUGAAAAAUGCCUCGACCUUGUUCUAAAUAAUUUUCAUUCAUUGAAAACAAAUCCUUUUUGAAAUUCAAAAAAAAAUUAUUCUUAUCAAAUUUUUUUCCAAAAAUUAUGAUUUUUUUUUAUAAUUAAAAAAAUGAAUGAUAAAAUAAAAUGAAUUGUUCUGGAUUGUGAGUUGUUUUUUAAAUUAACAAUGGCAAAAAUGUUCAGUUCAUUGCGUUUGGCGACGAUGCGUUCGCAUAAAAAUCGUCAACGUCCAGGUAGUGUUGCAACUUCAGCAAGUUCGGAUUCGGUGCGACAGGAAGAAAUUGCCGGUCAACAAUAUUAUCCCUCGGGAUAUCUCACUUUUGAUGAGGUGGAAAACAAUGGACCAUGUCCAAUCAGUGUCUCAUCAAAGGUGGCACAGGUGAGAAUUGAGCGAGAAGGUGGUAGCCUUGGUGUCACCUUACGUGGUGGAGUUGCAAGAGCAUUGAUAGUGACGAGUGUUAAAUCCGAUGGACCAGCAGCAAGAGAAGGAAGAGUAAGACCCGGUGAUCGUUUACUUGCAGUCGAUGAGACAGAAUUGCGUGGACUCACCUUGGCGGAAGCACAACGAGCUCUUCGAAGAAGUUCUGAUUCUCCAGUUGCAUCCCUCACAAUCGAAUACGAUAUUGCCAAUAUGGAUGAGGCUCGAGCCGCUACUUCCGGUCCACUACUCGUUCAACUCGAGCGAGGACCUUCCGGAGAAUUAGGACUCACUGUAAGGGAAACUCCAAAUGGCGUCUAUAUUGAGAGUCUUCGUCCAGCGAGUAUAGCUGAUCGUUGCGGUGCUCUUCAACCAGGAGAUCGUCUUCUUGCCGUUGAUGACACUCAAGUGCAAGAUGCAAUUACAGCCGCAAAACUUGUUCGUAAUUCAGCUGAUAAUUCUCGAAUAGCGAGACUUCAAAUUUUACCCCGUCCACCAAGUUCUUCAAAUAGGACAAUUAAACGAAGGGCUCAGGCUCAAAAAAUUUUACAUCAAACCCUCUAUAUGAAGGAGAAUUUAACAAUUGUCCUAAGGCCCGAUCACAAAGGUUUGGGACUUGUUUUGAAACUCUCCGAAGAUCAUUUGAAUUAUAUUGUUGAUCUUCUUGAACCCGGUGGACCAGCUGAGAGAAGCGGUGUUCUUCUACCUGGUGACAAAGUAAUUGCAAUUAAUCGUAGAAUUUUACGUGAUCUUCCACCAUCGGAAGUUGCUAUUUUACUCGAAUCCUCACAGGUUGAAUUAGUAACGGAAUAUAAAGUUGGAGGUGCAGUGGUACCAAGCUCGGGGAUAUUCACGGUAAGAGUUGCGAGACCAUCUGGAUGUCAGCCAGAUUUGGGUCUCACAGUAAAUGAGGAUUUGGAAAUAUCAGAAGUACGUCGUGGUUCCUUAUCAUAUAGAACUGGAAGUUUAUCGCCAGGUGAUCGACUUUUGGCAAUUGAUGGUCAAAAAUUGGAUCCUGGCGAUCUUCGCGAAGCAGCUCAAUUACUUCAUCAACCUGGAAAUUCCGUUGUUGGCCUCACUGUUCGAAAACCGGAUCUAGUAUUAGAUACAAGGGAAUCGAAUAUAACCGGAGAUUCAAUACAACAAUAUCCAAGUGGUAUUUUACGAUCAGCAAGAGAAAGUUUGCCAAGUGUCGAUAGCGCUGUAGACUCGUGGGGAGAAAUUGGAGAAGUUUGUGGACCAGAAAUAUUGAGGCUCUGGGAUACAGCAUCCAUUGACAGCGGUCAAUUAGAAUUGCCAAUUCCUCCUUUUAUCAGUUCCAGUCCUCAAGAGCGCAUCAGUCCUGAUACACGUGAUCAACAGAUAGUUCAUGUUUCUCUACACAAGGAUCCGGUUUACGAAGAUUUUGGAUUUUCAGUUUCCGAUGGUCUCUAUGAGCGUGGAGUCUAUAUUAAUCGUUUAAGACCAGGUGGCCCUUGCGAUGGAAUUUUAAGGCCCUAUGAUCGAAUUCUCCGUGUAAAUGAUUCAAGUACCGAAGAUUACGAUUGCUGUCUGGCAGUUCCACUAAUUGCGGCAGCUGGUUCACGUUUGGAUCUUACAGUAGCGCGACCAUUAUCUGAUAAAUAAAAUAAAAAAAUGUAUUAUUUAUUUUUUAAUUGAAUAACGAGUCUCCUGGUUAUAUUUUUGUACACGUGGGUUUAUUUAUAAAAAUAUAUGUAUAAUACAUUA